CACAAUCCGAUCUAUGCCCAUCAUGCAGACGACUAUUCCACCUCCGGAAGUCGAAUCCCAAGAGGCAGGGAAAUCCCUGGCCGUCCAAUACUGGAGAGAAUACAUUCGGUCCGUCAUGGUUCCCUUGUUCCACGCGACCGGAUCAUACACUUCAGCUGAGCAAGAAUCUCACCUUCAAUUCAUGGACAAACUUGUUGCUCCUAACUUAGGGCCCUUGCCUACCGAGCCGCAUGGGCCGUAUACGCCACCAGCAUCUCUCGUAGGAUCACCUUUCGAUCCUAGUCUCAAUAUGGCCGCGUCCGGAAAAGCGAAGGCGCGCUUCGACUUUGACAUCGUAGGACCAGCGCAACGAACGGGAUCCGAUCCUUUUGCGGAACAUGCCGCCCGGAAAGUUGCGCUCCAUAUUGCUUCCAAGACAGGGAGCAGCACGCAAUGGCUGGAGAAUCUUUUUACAACCCUCUUCCUGUCGCCGGAGGAGACGCAGACUGUCGUGACCCAGAUGCCUGCCGAUAUCGCCGCACCCCCGCUGUCUGUGGGAGUUGAUUUCGAUGGAAGUCAGCGCGUAAUGAAAUGUUAUAUUCACGGCGUCCGCAAAUCAGUGGCUACCGGGCGCUCAUCAACGGACAUUCUUCUCCAGGCCCUGAGAAACUUGGAACCAAUGGGCGAUAGCUUGUCCGCGGGGGUUGAACUUCUCGAAGACUACCUGUCAACGACUCCGAAUGAUGCAGUACUAAUGCUUCUAGGCAUUGAUUGCCUGGAUCCAACCCUCUAUCCCGAAACCCGUGUGAAAUGCUACUUGCAUACACGAAGCAAUUCCUUUUCCGUGGCACGGGAUGUUAUGACCCUAGGCGGGCGUUUGGACGACGAAACUUCGCGCGCACGCAUUGAAUUGCUUCGGUCAAUUUGGUCAAUCUUGCGGAAUGAACCCGAUGACGUGCCAAUGGAUGAAGAAUGGUCCAAGCCCGAUCGUAUCGGGUCCACUGGGUACAGCGGAUUGCAAUUUACAAUUGAGAUCGCUCCUGGGCAUACUUUCCCUGACACGAAGAUUUAUGUGCCCGUGUUCCAAUAUGCCGAGACCACCCAAGAGGUCGAGAGAAAUGUGGAGCUGAUGCUGCAAAAGCUGGGUAAUGAAUGGGGUCUUACCGGUCGGUACCGCAAGACAAUGCAAACGAUCUUCGGAUCCGAGACGGACUAUGGACAGACGUAUGUCUCAUUCGCGUACUCCAAGACAAAGGGGGCGUACACGACCUCGUACUUCGCCCGCCCCAUUCGCCAGGUAGACACGAAGCUGGCGGGAUAUUUUGGCAUUCGUUUGAAUUAG